AUGGCUGAGAAUACUGCUUUGGAAACUAUUGAGGUCCACCCAAUUACCUUUCCGCCCGACGUUCUAGCGAGAAUUUCUCCUGAACUAUCUUUACAAAGACACUUAUCUUUAGGCAUCAGACCGUGUUUAAGAAGAUACGAAGAGUUCAGAGACAUAACUAUAGAAAAUAACACUUUAUCACGUUAUGUGGAGAAAGAUAGUGUGGAUGCAAAGAACAAUAUUUUGGGUUCGAAUAUUCUAAAAAGUGGGAAAACUGUAGUCAUCACUUCUAUUACAGGCGGGAUAAUAGAAGAAAAUAGUGCCUCAAUCAAAGAUUUGGAUGAUUUUGGUGAAGAUGAGCUAUACGAAGUGACCAAGGAGGAGGAUGAAAUUGCCAAUUAUGCUUCCAUCUACCCAGUAGUGGAAGUUGAAAGAGGUAGAGUAGGUGCCUGUACCGAUGAGGAAAUGACCAUAUCACAAAAACUGUAUGAUUCUGUAUUGCACUCUAGGAUAUUGCCUAAAAAGGCUCUAAAAGUAAAAGCAGGUGUUCGUAGUGUAAAUGAGGAUGGUACUUUUUCUGUCUUGUAUCCUGAUGAGUUAGAAAAUGAUGCAUUGAACGAAACAAAUUUAAAAAUGAAAAGAAAAUGGUCAUAUGUUUUGUAUGCGAAGAUUAUAGUCUUGAGUCGUACCGGUCCAGUCUUCGAUUUAUGUUGGAAUUCCUUAAUGUAUGCUCUACAAAAUGUUAAAUUGCCUAAAGCAUUUAUAGACGAACGUGCAUCGGAUUUAAGGAUGACUAUUAGAACAAGGGGAAGGAGUGCCACUAUAAGGGAAACAUACGAAAUUCUUUGCGACCAGACCAAGUCACUACCGUUAAUGAUAAGCUCACAAAAUAUUGCAUUCGCCGCAAACUAUGGGGUAAUAGAGUUAGAUCCAGAAUCGCAACUACAGAACCCUGACAACGCUCAAGAAGAAGUCGAUAUUGAUAUGGAUAAAUCGCAGUGCAUACUAAUAGCUGAUUUAGAUACUGAAGCUGAAGAAAUAAGUAUUCAUUCAACAAUCUCUGUGAUCGCUAGUUCUGCAGGGCGCUAUAAGCAAUUAACAUUGGUGGGGGCGGGCGCUAAAAUAACGCCAGAGAUGAUAAAAAGAUCAUUAUUGUUAUCUAAGGUUAGAGCAAACGAUUUGUCAGCCAGGGUAAAGAAAUAA